AUGUCGUUCAACAGAGAUGAAGACUCAAAGCUAAAGUUUAAGACUUCUAAGAAGCUUAAAGUGUCUGCUACAUUUGAGUCGAUGAACUUGAAGCCUGAUCUAUUGAGAGGGAUCUAUUCAUAUGGUUUCGAGUUACCAUCGUCGAUUCAGUCGAGAGCUAUUACACAGAUUAUAUCAGGUAAAGAUGUGAUUGCACAGGCUCAAUCGGGUACUGGUAAGACAGCCACAUUUACUAUUGGUUUAUUACAGGCUAUAGAUUCUAAGAGCAAAGAGUUACAAGCGUUGGUGCUCUCUCCUACCAGAGAAUUAGCAGCUCAGAGUGAAUCUGUCAUUUCUAACUUGGGUGACUAUCUAAAUGUGACCGCCCAUGCAUGCACCGGUGGUAAAACGUUACAGCAGGAUAUUAAGAAGGUGUCGAAAAACUGUCAGGUUGUGAGUGGUACGCCGGGUCGUGUACUUGAUAUGAUCAAACGACAGCUUUUGAACGUAAGGAACUGUAAGAUAUUAGUGCUAGAUGAAGCCGAUGAACUUCUCGGAGAAUCGCUAGGUUUCAAGCAGCAGAUUUAUGAUAUCUUCACAAAGUUACCAACAACGAUCCAAGUCGUGGUUGUUAGUGCUACAAUGAGCAAGGAUAUUCUUGAGGUGACCAAGAAAUUCAUGAGCGACCCGGUGAAGAUCUUGGUGAAGCGUGAUGAAAUAUCGUUGGAUGUUAUAAAACAGUACUAUGUGGAUGUGGAGAAAGAGGAGUGGAAAUUCGACACUUUAUGCGACCUCUACGAUUCGUUGACCAUCACCCAAUGUGUGAUAUUCUGCAACACCAGGAAGAAGGUAGACUGGCUAUCCAAGAAGCUAACGCAAACGAACUUCUCUGUCUCAUCUAUGCACGGUGACAUGAAGCAAGAAGAGCGUGACCACGUUAUGAACGACUUUAGAAGCGGCAAGGCAAGAGUGCUAAUAUCAACAGACGUCUGGGCCCGUGGUAUCGACGUUCAACAAAUCUCACUCGUUAUAAACUAUGAUAUUCCUGAUAACUUGGAAAACUACAUCCACCGUAUAGGUAGAUCGGGACGGUUCGGAAGAAAGGGUGUGGCCAUAAACUUCAUCACUAAGGAUGAAAAGUCUAAAUUGAAGGAAAUCGAGGCACACUACAGAAUAAAGAUCAAACCUACCCCUGCUAACCUAGAAGAGUUGUCUUAA